CAGCAUGUUCUUCUGUUUAGAGAUGUGGUGGCGCACUUAAAAUGCUGUAUUGCAGGUUGACUCUGCCCACAGCCAGGACUUCGAUCCUGACUGGCUCAAGGUUGACUCAGUCUUCCAUCCUUCCAAGGUGGCAAUAUUAAGUCAAACAUGGCUGAUCACCCAAAACUAAGCCUUUGGGCUAAGAGAAGACUAGGAGAAAAACACUGCAGAGCACAGUAGAUAGGGAACUGGGAAAGAAUUCCCAGUGGGAAAGAAUUCACAUUUAUAUUGCUGCUAAGAAAACAUGCCCAUUAGUAGAAACUGAGUGCAAUGUGAAGGAGAAUUUGCAUCCUAAGAAUAUCAGCUUUCAGCUACAAGAUGUAGGAUGGAGAUGCACAGACAGAAUAACAGCACGGAGGAUAAUUUUAUAAUCCUUGGAUUCAAUACCAGUAGAACUUUACAAUUUGCACUUUUCGCUUUGUUCCUUCUAAUGCACCUCCUCACCCUCUCAGGAAACCUGGCCAUUGUGGUCCUAACUUUAGUUGAUCCUGCCCUCCACAUCCCCAUGUAUUUCUUCCUGUGCAACCUGUCUUUCAUUGAGGUCUGUUACACUCUGGUCAUUGUGCCUCAAAUGCUUGCCAACUUCUUGGACAAGAGCAGAAGUGUGUCCUUGACUGCCUGUGCAGCACAGAUGUACUUCUUCAUUGCUUUUGGGGGCUCUGAAUGUUUUCUAUUGGCUUUGAUGGCCUAUGAUAGAUACACAGCCAUAUGCAACCCAUUGUGCUACACUCUCAUCAUGAACAAGAAUUUCUGCAAAAAAAUUUUGGCGAUAGCCUGCAUCAGUGGAUUCACAAUCUCACUGGGACUCACUACUUUGAUUUUCAGUCUUCCCUUUUGCAGUUCACAUAACAUUAACCACUUCUUCUGUGACAUCCCACCAUUGCUGUUCCUGGCAUGCAACGACACACAUGACAAAGAAGUGGCUGUGUUCCUUGUCUGCACAAUGAUUUUACUCGUUCCAUUCUUGCUCAUUCUGAUUUCCUAUGUCUUUAUUGCCCAUUCCAUCCUCAUGAUCAAGUGUGCUGAAGGCCGGAAAAAGGCCUUCUCCACCUGUGCCGCUCACUUGAUUGUGGUCAUCCUCCACUACGGCUGUGCUAUCUUUAUCUACAUCCGUCCUAAGGCCAGCUACUCCCUGAAUGAAGACAAACUGGUAUCUUUGAUCUACACCAAUGUGACACCUAUGAUGUACCCCAUGAUUUAUAGCCUCCGUAAUAAGGAAGUCAAAGGUGCAUUGAAGAGACUAUGGGAAAAGACAUUUAUUUCCAUGGAAAACAAACAGAUGAAACAUUGAUAUGCCAGUUGCCAGGAGAAAAUGAUCUGACUAUUUUUUCUUUAACCAAGAAGAAAUGUUAAAUCAAUAACUGUUGCUUGGGGUUUUUUUUUAAUAUUCCAAUGUAGUAGAUUUUAUUCUUGAGUCAAUCUGAAACUUCCUGAUUUUAUCCAUGCUUUGAUCCCAGAGAAUCUACUUGCAUCCUGAUUGUCAAGAUUUGUAGCUUCUUUCUUGGUAUCUGUCUUUCUGAGUAUAUUUGAGAGAAAUUACUUUACUUGUAAUUGAAUAAUAAACAUUCUAAGGAUCCAUUUGUGCUAAAUACUCAAAUAGUAGUCUAUUGUGUGGAAGCAACUAAGGUUGGAAGAGUAACUUAAAAUUUUUUUGAAAAAUGGAGCUUAAUUAGUAACUUGCAGUAAAUUGAUUUCAGAUAUUGCAGCCUUGCACAUCAUUUAGGUGUGAGAAUUUCUAAAUCAGAUGCUUCACAACCAAUUUCUGAAUAGUAGCAUUUUAAAAAUCUAGAUUGUAUAGAACAGUGGUUCUCAACCUUUUUAAUGCCGCGACCCCCAACUGGUUGUAAGUCGAGGACUACUCAACCGGUCGUAAGUCAAGGACUA